AUGAGGAUACGAUUUGAAGUGAAGGCGAGAAAUUACGUUUUCCUUCCCAACGAAGACAACGGUGAAGACGACUCUCCGUAUCAGCCUGGUGACUCAUCAAUUACCAAUCACAUAGGAGAGGGAACACUGACCGACAUCGACAACCGCGUCCAAACCGGUGAACAAAAUGAUGGAAUAAGGCCCGGAUCUGGCCCGAUUGAUGUUAACACUUUGUACUACGAAGAAAACUGGUCUGAUGCUUCUUCUUCUGAUUCGACGGGAGUUAGCAUAAGUAAGGCAUCAAAACUACUUUUAAACGGGUAACA